AUGAAACUUGCAAAUUUAUUAGCAUUACUGAUAUCUUCUAUCUUAUAUGCUACAGUUAAGACUGAGCAUUCAGAGAAGCCUCAAGUAUAGGCAUUAAUGGCUGACUGGAGUCCAAAUGGGAUAAACUCUACAGAAAUGACUUUCUAUCUUGCUUAGAUAAGAUCCUUUAUUCAAGGCUUCCAACAAGGUUUAUACAAUAACAACUCAUUCAAGCUUUCAAGUGCUUGUCUCUAGUCUUCAUUUGUGAAUCCAGCCAUUCAAGUUGAAGAUGCUUUCAGUGCUGGAAACACUUUCAAAAUACUAGCUGUGAUGAGCCCAAUGAUCUAAAUUGCCUACAAUCUUUAAAAAAGCUGCAAUUUGAAUGAGCUAAUUUGGAUGCUUCUUUCAGUUUGUGAAAAAGGCUCUUGCAAUAGCAGUACUGUUGUCUCGAAUGCAACAAAGAAUCUUUUUUCAUUCACUGGCUCAUUUAAUAAUAUCGCUGAAAGCUUCACUGACAGCAAGAAAACAUCCUUUACUAACCUAGCUUUAAUAAGUUAAUAAUACAACGACAUUGGAGUAGAAUUUGGUAAAAUGCUAAAACUUUUAACUAGCUUCAACAGAGACAAAGCUGUAGCCAGAAAAUUCUAUUGA